GUGCGCAUGCUCACUCACAAAAAUCUGCCCAGGAUUUCGUGAUAUUCUUGUGCUGUGUUGGAUAGCAGUAGUUUCACCGUUUUUCGAUUGACUAUUCACUUAUUGUUUAUUUUGAGAAUAUCAGUUAACAUGGCAGAUCCAAGAAUACGACAGAUCAAAAUCAAGACUGGCGUAGUAAAGCGGCUGGUGAAGGAGAAGGUCAUGUAUGUCAAGGAGACCAGGCAGCAGGAGGAGAAGAUUGAACGACUGAAAGCAGAGGCCUGCGACGAAGAGGCCGACUCCGAGGCCAGGUAUGUCAUCAAGAAACAGUUGGAGGUGCUACAGGAGUCCAAGAUGAUGGUUCCAGACUGUCACAGGCGUUUGACCAUAGCACACGCAGACCUGUCCCAGAUACUAGAAACAGAAGAGGACUUGGCUGAAGCAGAGGAGUACAAAGAGGCCAGGACCGUAUUGGAUUCAGUGAAGCUUGAAGGAUGAUGUUCUCACUCUGUAAUGCACUACUUAAAUGUCUAUUUCAUUCAUCUGGGCUUGUUUGGAAACACAGACAAACAAAAUCGUUCAGCAUCUUUUUUUCUUUCUCUCGCUCUUUUUUAUUUUUUAUUUCUACAUUUGAAAACAUUUAUUUUCUUAACAUGGGGGUUUGCUUGGUUUGUUUCUUCAACUAUACAGCUGCAAAUUAAGCCUGGUUGUAUUGUUUAACUCAUUAAAGCUAUACAAUAGUA